CUUUCAAACAACACUAUCGUUUUCUUUCUUUUUAAGAUUGUGAUGGCGGGACAGAUGAUUCGAAUGGUUUCCCUCAACUUCAUUCAGAUAUUGUACAUCACUAUUGUGCUAAUGAACGUACAAAUCCAAAUUUUCGAAUUCAGUGGGCUACACAUUCACGUAAGUAACACAUUUAAGAAAAAUUUUUAUUGGGAAUUGUGUGGCUCUAUAUAAAGGUUCGUUUAUUCAUUUAUUCAUUUAUUCUUUUUUUCAUUUAUUUAUUUAUUUAUUUAUUCAUUUAUUCAUUUAUUCAUUUAUUCAUUCAAUUACUCAUUUACAUUUACUCAUUCACUCAUUCACUCAUUUACUUAUUUAUUCAUUUAUUCAUUCAUUCAUUCAUUCAUUUAUUCAUUCAUUCAUUCAUUCAUUUAUUCAUUCAUUCAUUCAUUAAAAAAUUCAAUAGUCUGUUUCACGUAUUUAUUAUAUUUUCACGUAUCGAUUAUAUUUUCACGUAUCGAUUAUAUUUUCACGUAUCGAUUGGUUGUAGUUACAAUGGCAAUUUCUCGAUAAAUUGUAAAUUUGUCCGCGCGCAAGGUUAUUUUUGGUGUUGGAGUUUUUAGCUUUAGUAUUUAUAAAUAUAAUGAUAUUUUUUAUUGCAGGCGAUCUUUCCAGACUACAAUCGUAUCAAAUUGUGAUGGUGUUUAACAAAACAUUCAUUUGUUUUAGAUGCUCCAGGAAUGUCACUGAAUUUGUGUUUGGGCAAGAACAAGGGCUGGACUUUCAUACAGACUAUUCAGUAUUGGUGACACCAAUGCCAACAAAACCAGGAGAAUUUAACAGUACAUUCAUAGGAAGAUGUCCGCCUUUGCCACUCCACUCAAUGGCUCCUUCAACGUUGCCUUCCUUGCCACCAUCUACUUCUUCGACGACCAAAACUUCCACAAUCACCAUAUGGCAAAUUAUUUUCAUAUUAGCUGGUGUCUGCUUAUCGACGGUUGUGCUGGUAACCAUGGCAAUGUGUUAUAGAAGGAGAAACGCCCCUUAUAAAGACAUGUCUUUUAAGAGCAAUAAAACUCAGACAGGAAUCAGCGUUUAUAUUUCCCAUUGCGCAUCUGACAACAAAGAAGAGGAGAAAAUUCUUCAACUGGCUAGCUUAAUAUCAUCGUAUGGUGUAUCUGUGUGUAUUGAUUUGUGCAGUCACGUUGAAAUCAACCAAAUGGGUGGUUUACCGCACUGGGUGCCAGAUAAAAUGGCUAAUGUAAAAAAGAUUCUUCUCAUUCUAUCGCCGUGUUAUAUACAGGCUGUUACAUCACAUGACCUCGUGCAAGAAGCUCAUCCUGAAAACGUUUGUAGAGUUAGAAGUGAAUUCAAUUACAUUAAAACGUUCCUCUAUCAUGCGUGUCAAACAGUACCAGAUGUUGUCAUCUUGCUUGACAAUGUAAAUAAAAAUGACGUCCCUACUGUGUGUAAAGGGAGAGGGUGUUGUAGUUUUCCAAGUAGUAUAAAUGAAAAUGACAGCGAUUGUAAACGACUGAUUGGUCUGUUGUUGGAAAUUGAACCGAUUCAAAUAGUUACUACACCCACCUAACAAAGAGUCAGGAUUUCGCGGUUGUGGUAUAACAUGCAAUAAGAAGUGAUAAGAAAAAUAUUGAUUAUCUCUCCUUUGGAACACACUAUUGGCAACAACCGUUUACAAAUUGUGAGCUAUAACCGAAGUGCGCAGCAAAUACUGCUUAAAUAAUGUUGGCUGGUCCGACGCAGAAGUAUAUGCCAUAACUUCAAGUUUUUUAGAAACAAACAAAUGACAUAGACAAGCCUAGCUAUUUUAUUAAUUGUCCAUUUGUUGAGCCUGCCUUUUAUUUUAACAUUCUUUGCGGUAGCUCCCAGCGGUUAGUGUUUGAGCAUGCGCAUUACAUUCUUUUUAUCAGCUGUAACUCUUGCAUUCUGGCAGCUUUCCAAGUUGAAACGACCAAUUCCAAGCGGAUGGAUUUGUUUUUUAACAACCAAAAUUCAGGAAAUACUACCAUUUUUAUUGCAAUGAGAAUAUCGAGCGUGAAGUCUAAACAACGGGAACUACAAUCAUGAAUGCCUAAUGGAAAGUGAAAAGAGAACCGCAAACUUGUUCUUGAGGAGUUGAUGUAGAAUUAAAUUUGCAUUAUAUACAUUUUUAUACAUAAGAACUUCUUCCUUUUGUUUUAAAAAAGUAAUUCUUCUCUCUUUGAGUUGAUUUGAGGCUGUACAUGCUCAUUUUUUACACUUUUUCAAUGUUAAAUGUUCUUAUAACGUAAUCUUCCAAAAAAUACGAUAAUAAACGUUUUAAUUUACCGAAGAUGAAUUUAUUAGGACUGGAAGUAAUAGAUACUGUAGAAGCUCUUAUAAAAAUAUUAUAUAUAUAUCAUACUUGUAUUUUUAUUAUAUAUUUUCAUGCUAUAUUUAUUCAUAUUGUAUACAAAAAAAAUGUAUUGACAAAUUUGCUGUAUAUUACAUUUAUAAUGGCGCUGUCUUUUCCGCGUUCUUAUAAUCUUUCUGGUAUGUGUGCGUUAGUCAACCACCCUGUACCUACCUAGCUUUUGGUCUAUCUUGACCAAACAU